AUGGGUCAACCGCUGACGGCGCGAGUGACGUCACCACAUCUCGGGCUCCGCUUCUGCAAUAACGCAUCUGCACAAAAUGCACAUCGUGGCAAACAUAAUUCAAACAAUAACGUGGGGCCGUACGCGGCUUCAAACACUGCGUCUCGUCAGCGCAGCAGCACGCUGCGGCGCAGGAGCGCGAGAUUGGAGAUGCCCAGCCAGGGCGCAGCUCCCAGGGCGCAGCUCCGAGGCCCGCGCUCAAGUCAACAUCCGACACCAGAGAGCAUCGAACACGCAGUGAUGCACCCGCACAGAAGCAGAGCCCGCCGGCCGCAACUUCGGCUCGUGGCGCCCCUGGAGUCUCUCGCGCGGGGCGGAGUCGCCGAGCAGACGCCGGGAUCGACGGCCACCCUGUCGUGGCAGGCCCGGGCCCGGCAGCGCCCGCCAGGGCCUCUCGACCCGUAA